CCCUCGCUGGCUUAUUCUGCAAACCCGGGGCGUGGACAGAGUCGUCCGGAAGCGUCCGGCCUCGCGGGUUGGGUGGAGGGCCGUCCGGGGUGUGGCCGCCGCCGGCCCCUCCUCCGCGGGCUCCCUGCGGCGGUGCCGGUCGCUAAGCUCUCGGCUCAGGCCCGCGUCGCCGCCCGCGCCCGCCCUCUUACCGGACCAUGGCCCACGCGGAGCGCACCUUCAUCGCCAUCAAGCCCGACGGCGUGCAGCGCGGCCUGGUGGGCGAGAUCAUCAAGCGCUUCGAGCAGAAGGGAUUCCGCCUUGUGGCCAUGAAGUUCCUUCAGGCCUCUGAGGAACUCCUGAAGCAGCACUACAUUGACCUGAAAGACCGCCCAUUCUUCCCAGGGCUGGUGAAGUACAUGAACUCUGGGCCGGUUGUGGCCAUGGUCUGGGAGGGCCUGAAUGUAGUGAAGACAGGGAGAGUGAUGCUUGGGGAGACCAACCCAGCGGAUUCUAAGCCGGGCACCAUUCGUGGCGACUUCUGCAUUCAAGUUGGCAGGAACAUCAUUCAUGGCAGUGAUUCAGUAAAAAGUGCUGAGAAAGAAAUCAGCCUGUGGUUUAAGCCUGAAGAACUGGUUGAGUACAAGUCUUGUGCUUUUGACUGGAUUUAUGAGUAAGAGGUGGACGGAGCAUAGUCCCCUCUGGCACCACCUGAUGUGUCCCUGGGCACAGCUCUUCAUUCCACUAACUUGGAAGCAGUAGGAUGGAUGUUCCUUUCCUAAAGUAUAUCUACCAAUAAAGCCUUUGAAAACGGGGUGCAGACUCUGGUGAUUACUGGUUACUAAGCUGGAAGAAGACGUGACUUGGUUCCCUGGCUAUCGUAGUGUUAUCCAGAACAAAUUAAUCCUGCUUGUUAUGGAAAAAUGAUUUAAUCCUUCUCAGCACCUGGUAUACUUCCAGACUCUAGGAGGGAAAGCAGUGAGGCUGAAGAGGACAAGUGUGGCACUGGCUGUGUAUCUGAGGAAACUAG